GCGGCACUACACCCCACAGCAGUUUCUUUUCUCUGUUUUGGUUUGUUUCUACCACCAGACUCCAACUGCCUGCGGAGCCCGGGCCGGGUCCCAGCCUCGGGGAUCCCGGAUUUCAGGGGGCCAGCUGCGCUCCCGGGCAGGCUUCAGGGGUCUGGAGAUUCAGCCGUCUCGCUAUGAUGCGCACAAUAGGACUAGACAAGGUGAAGUUCAUAUACAACGGAUGUGGAUAACCACAAAGAUUCUCAAAGUGGAAGUUACCCACAAGAACUGGAGGCUUUGUAGUGGUUUUCAGCAUCCUGAAAACUAGAGAUCUUUCAAAGAACAGAUUUACUGAAAUUCCUCCAGAUGUCUGGCUGUUUGCACCACUUGAGACUUUAAAUUUGUAUCACAACUGCAUCAAAUCCAUUCCUGAAACCAUCAAAAAUCUGCAGAUGUUAACAUAUCUUAAUAUUAGUCGAAAUCUUUUAGCAACAUUGCCAAAAUACCUGUUUGACCUGCCACUUAAAGUUUUGGUUGUCAGUAAUAAUAAGCUGGUAUCCCUUCCAGAAGAAAUUGGAAAGUUAAGAGACCUGAUGGAGUUGGAUAUCAGCUGCAAUGAGAUUCAGGUCCUUCCCCAGCAAAUAGGAAAACUCCAGUCACUUAGAGAAUUAAACAUUAGAAGAAAUAAUCUCCAUGUGUUGCCAGAUGAAUUGGGAGACCUUCCCUUGGUAAAGCUGGAUUUUUCUUGUAAUAAAAUUACAGAGAUCCCAGUUUGUUACAGGAAAUUACGUCAUUUACAAGUAAUAAUUUUGGAUAACAAUCCAAUGCAGAUACCACCGGCACAGAUAUGUUUAAAGGGCAAAGUUCACAUAUUUAAAUUCCUCAGUAUUCAAGAAUGCCUCAGAAUAGAUAAAAAACCAGAUUCCUUAGAUCUUCCAUCACUGGGUAAAAGAAUCCCAUCCCAGCCACUCACAGACAGUAUGGAAGACUUUUAUCCCAAUAAAAAUCAUGGUCCUGACUCUGGCAUUGGCAGUGAUAAUGGGGAUAAAAGAUUGUCUACAACUGAACCAUCUGAUGAUGACACAAUCAGCCUUCACUCUCAGGUAUCAGAAUCGACGAGGGAACAGACGUUAAGGAAUGACAAUCAUUUAAUAGGAAGUAGAUUUGACUCACAUAAAGACCAGGAGGUGUAUGAUUACAUUGACCCUAACACAGAAGAUGCAGCUAUUCCUGAACAAGGAGAUGUACAAAUGGGACCGUUUGUCUCUUAUGUUAAGGAACGAGGAAAACACCCUGAGAAAUUGCAGAAAAUAGAAGGGAAUGAUGAGUGGGGAGAUGAAAAAAGGCUUCAGAAAGAGCAGCUAUUGGCAGAGGAAGAUGAUGAAUUGAAAGAAGUGACUGACUUGAGAAAAAUAGCCGCUCAGCUACUGCAACAAGAGCAGAAAAACAGACGGAGACCAUUAACCUAUAGAACUUCAUUCAGUGAAAAACUCUUCCAGAGGACGAGGGCUGCAGGACGUGCAUCCAGGCUUCUUAAUCAUUCGACCUCAGUAAGCACAAGAAACAGGCCAAAGCAGACUGUGGAAUCUGAAAAAAGUGUCUCAACAGAUGAAACAAAUUCUCCAGUGUCUCCUUACAGAUGGCAGCCACUAGAAAACCAAAAGGAUCUGACAGAUGAGCAGCACUGGCCAGAAACACAGCCUGUUAUCUGGCAGAAUGAAGAGAGGAGGAGGAGCAAACAAGUUAGAAAGGAAUAUUUCAAGUACAAGACUUCCAGAAAGAGUUCAAGUGGAAAUGAAAAUGAUGAGCAAGACAGUGAUAAUACUAAUGUGUCCCCACAGUCUCCUGUAUCAUCUGAGGAUUAUGAAAGGACAGACAGUAACUCUCAUGGUCCGUUUGGUCUCAAACCUAGGUCAGCUUUCAGCCGUUCCUCUCGCCAGGACUCUGGAGUAGUGGACCCUGGAUUUACAAUGAGGAGGAAAAUGGAGCAUUUAAGGGAAGAAAGGGAACAAAUAAGACAUCUUCGCAAUAAUCUUGAAUCGAGGUUAAAAGUCAUUUUGCCAGAUGACAUUGGAGCAGCAUUGAUGGAUGGGGUUGUUCUUUGCCAUUUAGCCAAUCACAUAAGGCCACGUUCUGUUGCAAGUAUUCAUGUACCAUCACCAGCAGUGCCUAAACUCAGUAUGGCAAAGUGCAGAAGAAAUGUUGAAAACUUUCUUGAUGCUUGUAAAAAAUUGGGCGUGCCACAGGAAAGGCUUUGCCUGCCUCAUCACAUUUUGGAGGAAAGGGGUCUAGUGAAAGUUGGUCUUACAGUUCAGGCUCUGCUUGAACUACCUUCAUCUAAAGCAUCUCAGCUUUCCUCUGUGUAACGUGACUUUUGGAAACCAGACAACUUAUCAUGGAUCUAUUGAUUUAGAUUGCUGCCAAGCAAUUCAGCUUCCUCAAUGGGAACAUCCAAGCCAUCAGAAGUAGUUUCUGCCCAGACACUUUAGACAGAGCCUUAUUUUGGAGGGACAUGUAAAACUUUGAUUUCAAACUGACUGUUACCUGAAUAUACAGUUAUACUGAUGUUUUAAAACUUGGAUGCACAAGAGAUUUUAACAACAUCAGAUUCUCUGUCCAGGUAAUACAAGUUCCAAGUUUCCCAUUAAUGUUUCAUGAUAUAGUUUUUAAAAACUGGAUUUUUUACUACAUUGAAAAUGUUGUUUAGUUUUGUUUGUUAAAGGAUAACACACACCAAACAAAGCCCUACUAUAAAAAGUUUGUCAGUCAUCUGGAUUAAAUGUAAAGAUAAAACAAAAACCAGCUACAGUAUGAUAGUGAAAAUCUGAGUGACAGAUCAUAUUUAAUCCAUUUUUGUUUCAUAUAGCUCUAUAUUUGAGUUUUUUAUUUCUUGCACUUCUGACUGUAAUUUAUAUACUUCUAACAUCUCCAGUAUUUAGUUGGAUGUAUGGUAAUUACACAAAACGUUAUAUAGGAAAAAGGGUUUUUUUUCCAAUCUUCUAAGUUUGUGCCAAACUAUUUUUUCAGUUGUACGGUAGAUUGUUUACAUGUGAAGUGCCUGUGUAGUUGAUGACUCUUAAUAGUCUUAAACGUUUUUGCAAUUUCUUUGUCUGAAAUAGAUACAAUGGGAAUUUUAAAAUAUUUUAAUAAUUUUUCGUAAGGUCAGUAAUAUGUGAAGAUUUAAAUGAUGCUUCACAUUUUUGGUGUUAGGUGUUUUAAGUUGCACAAUUGAAUUGAUUAUGUUGUCUAAUGAUUGGAAAAAUAAUGUAAAUACAUUUUAUUUAUGCUAUUUAAUUUGAUAAUACCCAAUCACUUCUGUUUUAAUGUAUUGUUAACAAAAAUGGUCACUUUGAGUUAUUUUCCUUGUUUGAGACAAACCAUGAUGUCCAUAGUUAAAUAAGAAAUAUAUGGACUAGUGACGCAUACAUAAUAAUCAUUAAGGAUGUUUCGAUAAAGCUGCCAAAAUCUCAGGUUUAUGCUGUGACUUUCAGUAUUUUACAUCACGUUGUCCCUGAUUUUGCAUUAGUUUUUUUUACAAUAACAAAUCACCAUAAGUUAGAUUAAAAAAAAAUUCAAGCUAGGAAUCUUUAUAUUUUUCAAUGUUUACACGUUUGUUGAGAGGGACUUAUUUUGGAAAUAAUCACCUGCAUGACAUACCGCAUCAUCACUUUGCACCAAUGCUUCUCAUUUGCACCAGUAUCACCAAUUAUAAACAGUUAAGUCUGUGCUGAGAAUAUCAAACUCUCGGGGACAAAUGUAAAAAAAAAAAAAUAAAUAAACUAAAUCCCCGCAACAGAAGCUUUGUCGAACUUCUGGGUUUAAGUACUUGUUCGAUUCUACAACUUUUCUGGCUGAUAUUUUUCCCACAGUGUUCUGAGAACUUUCAGAAUGAUGGGCAGUUGACAUCCUUUCUGUCUCUUUCCCUACCUCCCAAACAAAAAAGUUUACCUUCUUAGUAAAUAUGUGACUUACCCAGAACCCAACAUUUCUGAUUAUGUCUCAGAUGUAUUUUUAGACUGUUACUUUAGACCAAGGGUAAAACCUUGUGUGCCAGAUGAUGUAAAAAAAUUAAGUUGUACUCUGUUGCCAAUUGACCUAAAGCUGUUUCAUUUCAUUUGGCGAAGGAAUGGGGAAGAAAAUAUUGUUUUAUUUCUUCCUUACUCUCUUUAAUUGAAGCAUUAAAGCCAGUUGAGAAGAAAAUUAUAAUCCUGAUGGCUAAAAGAUUUAGAAGAUAAAAUAAUUUUAAUGUUCUUUAACUAAAAUCCAUUGAAAUAAAAGUAAUUCAUGGGCUCUUGUUAACAUACUCUGUUUAUAGAGUGCAUUCUCAAAUACAGCUCAUUUAAAAAAAAAAAGCCAUGCCCUCCUUUACAAAAUCAUACACAUAAAAAUAUCAUUUAAACAGGUACUCAUGCAGAAACUGUAAUUGGCUCAAUAUAAUCGGCCAUUAAAAUAAGUAGUUUCAUUUAUCUUCCUCUGAAUUAUCCUUUUUUAUUGUUUAUCUUAAUUCAUAUUCAUAAGAGAGGUCCAUUCUAAAAAAGAAUGGGUAAAUGUAUUCUCAUUUCACAUAAAUGCAAUAUCAGGGGAAAAGAAUAAAUUUAGUUGAGAUUACAAUGAACAAGCACAUUUAGUUCAGUAAGCAGAUUUUUGGUUGCUACUUUUGCUGUAUUUUAAUAGCUGAAGAACUACC